UCCUGCCCGCUUCGCCGCUGAAGGUCGGUAAACAACAGACCUCGGUGGGGCGCGUUCCUGCACGGCUGGGCUCCGCCAAUCGCCGCCCAGCUCCCCCCCCCACGUGGUUCUCUUGUUUACUAUGGAGCGAGGAGCCACCGCGGAGGCUGCCGGGAAAACCCGGAGCCGGAGCGGCUGAUCAGACCUGGGGCAGGGGGGCAGGUGCCUGAACCGUCACUGAACAAAAAAGGAAGGACUUGAGAAAGUGAAAGUGGAGAUUUCCCAGCAGCUUCUCUUUAUUUCCCCCGAACUCUAAACGUCCUUCGGUUUCGGUUUCUGACCCCAGGGUAAAUUCAGGUGGGGCCCCGGUGACGGGCGGCAACGCUGGGGCGUUCUGGCUCUUCAGCCUCAGAUGAACGGCGACUGGCCGUGGCAGGUCAGGGACUCCAGAAAAACGGGGUUUCCUGCCUCCGAUCGUUUCACGUGCAGGAUUUUCUCCGAGCCUCCGGCGCUUCCCGAGGACGAGGAGAGACGCCGUCAAAGAGAAAAGGAAAGAGCAGACAGGAAGCGGGAGAGAGUUUAAUUUCAUUUUGUGAAUCCGUUGAUAAUCAUCUGCUGGCCCCCAUGUGUAUGUCAGGGCCCCUCGGGGCAGGACGCGGUCUUAAAGUCGUGGAAUCUGUUAUUUACUAGACGAAAGCACAGAUUAAUGAUCGUGUUCAAAUAAACAGCCAGAAGACCCUGAGCCGAUUUUAAGGCGCCCUGCUGAAGCACCGACCGGCGAGGUGGUUCGAGGUUCCAGCUGUUUCAGAGAGACAUGUUACCGAAGACUCGCCUGGGGAAGCGCUCUCCGCUCGGUGCGUUGGUGAACUCCAGCUGCCCGGCGGCAGGGGCGCACGCAAACCUGGAGACGGGGGAGGACGGCGCCACCGUGGCGACGGCGGCAGGGCAACAGCCCGUGAGCAGAGUCAAAGGUCACCCUGGACUGAAGGUGUAUUUUCAGUGUGGAGGAGGGGGUGAAUCUCCAGGUGUGGGGGAUCAGAGUGACGUUUCUGUCUGGUCUUCAUCUCAUCCCUCCUCCUCCUCCUCAGUGCCUCCGUCCAGCAGCAGAUCUGUCUCGUCCUGCAUCGACGUGCCCAGGAGCCAGAGGAGUCCAGAGGAGGUGGAUAUGGACGAGCUGAUGGCAGCCAUGGUUCUCAGCAGUUUGUCCUGCAGCCCUCUGCUGCACGGCUCAGCAAACCCAGACCUCGCAGCUCCUCCGAUGGACUGUGGAGGCGGCGAGCUCUCGGACAGCGGCAGCAGCGGCUACUGGAGCGUCGGCCACACCCACGGAAGCCCGGCCCCCUCUCCGCCAAUCGCAGAGUCCGACGUCAGCCCGGCCACGCCCCCUGACGAGGGGCUGGACAUGGAGAUGGAGCGGGUGCUGUUCGAAGAGCCGGCGCCGCGGAAACGCAGGAACUCAGUGAAGGUGGCCUACAGGUGUCUGUGGCCCACCUGCGGGAAGGGGCUGACGUCAUUGGUGGGAAUCAAACGUCACAUCAGGACCACACACCUGUGCCGCGGUGGUGAACACGAGCGUUGUUCUCGCAGCGAGGAGGAUUUUUACUACACCGAGGUCGGCCAGAGGGACCAUCAGCAGCAGCGUCAGUCUCCUCCACAUCCUCUCCCCACUGGCCCCGCCCCCUCCUCCCCCACCUCCUCUUCCCCCUCCUCCCCCUUCUCACCUCCCAGCCCUCCCCCUCCCUCCCCUCCUUCCCCCCCCUCCUCACCCUGUGCUGCUCUGAGUCGCUCCGCCCCCUCCUCCUCCGGCAGCUUCCGGCAGGUCCAAUCAGAGCACUCCUACCAGGCUCCGCCUCCCAACCAUGUGGUCUCGAUGGCAGCUUCCAACACGGCUUCCUGUCGUUGGACGGCCCCGCCCACCACCUGCCACAGCAGACAGAGUUUGUCGUUUCGGGUGCGUUCGGUCAGCGUAGGAGAGCAGUGGCUGCAGCACCAGAGCGCCCCCUGCAGGAGGGCUCGCGGUGAAGCCAAGAAGUGUCGCAAAGUUUACGGCAUCGAGCACAGAGAUCAGUGGUGCACGGCCUGCCGCUGGAAGAAAGCCUGCCAGCGCUUCCUCGACUGAGCCGAGAGGAGGAGGAGAGGGAGGAAGGGGAGGAUGGACAGAGGAGGACUGUUACCGAGGAGCUGAGCCUCACCUGGUGGAUGUUUUAUACUUUCUUAUAUCUGAAGCCAGAGGUCACUUCUUGUUCUCAUUUUUGUACUCUUUCUACAUUUGCUAGAAGCGUCUUUUAUAUUUUUGAACGUGUAUUUUGCAGCUGUUGUCAUCUCACAGAACCCGUGUCCUGUCAGUGCUUGCUGAUGAAAUGAUUAGGGGCAGCUAUGAUGUGACCUUUGACCCGGUCACCUGUUGACCUUGUAGCAGCUGAGUCCGUUUUUGCACCUGGCCGACUCUCCUCAGGUUAUCUUAACAAAACCAGCCUCUGCGUCAGGAUUGACACCUGAUAUAAACUCUUCAGUCAGUGCUCGGGCCUGGUUCGUUCAGACUGGGGUGUGUUUGAUGAACCGGAGGUGGUGGGUUAGCUUGCUUUGGGCUCAAAGGCCCCGUCGCGCCGACAUUUAAAGCUCUGACAACUCCAGCCCCCCGUCCAGGUAACCAGCCCCUGUCAGUGAGCCCCGCUGUUCGCAGGCUCUCAGACUGAUGGAAAAAGGCCAAUCAUUGCUGGGCGUCUUUAUUGAAACCACAAGUUUGUUUUGCUGGUCCCCAGAAUUCUGGGACCUGUAGUAUUAAACCACAUUUGCUGUUAACACCAGAAACUACAGGAGGCGCCAAAUCAGCCAGGACCGAAACCUUCCAGGUUGCCACUUUAACAAAAUGGAUGGAGUGAACUAGCAGCGUUUGGGGCCUCCGGAGGUCUGGGGUCCUGGGGCAGUUGGUGAUCCGGCCUUGCCAGUCGAGUUCAAAAGAGCACAGUGACUAACCAAAUGUUUGUAGUUGAGCUAUUGUUCCUCUCUGGCUAUAACACAGGCCAGUAACCAACAGCAGGGAGUUAGUAGCCAGUAUAAUUCAUGAAAAAGACCAUUAUUCAUAUUCAUUGGGGCAAAGUCCUUUCCAGCAAUCUCGACAGUAAACAAAAACAUUCUUUCUCAUAGCCUCAAUAAUAUGUAAAUGUGACCCUCCGGGCUCCAGUAACAGGCAGCAUUUGUUUUUACUGACCUCAGAGCUGACGCUAAUGCUAGCCAUCUGUUUCAGCACCGAAGAGUCGACUUCAUAAACCCCGAGGCAGUGGAGGAAGGAAGUGUGGGUCGGCCCAGAGCUGCUGUCCAAAAAAACUGAACACAUUUGUUUGAUAAAAAACAAGGUCUUACGGAGUCCCAUUGGUGGAUCGAUCUGCAGUUUGUAGAUUACCAACUGGCUCAGGAUCAGCUGGCCCCCGACACACCAAACCAGCCCGGCCUCCGUUGGGAUUUUGCGGCUGACCUUUGGAAGUAGCUUUUCGGGCGUUUUCGCACGUUGGCACCACUCGGCCCCUGUCUGAAGCUGGUUCCAGUUAAUCAGUGAUUUCAGUGGUUUCUUCACUAUUUUACACGCCAGUAUCAGUUUGCUAGUCUGGGCUGGUUUGACUCAGACUGCGAAACGGCUGUAUAAUGUCUACCGUGGCUGCGCAGGAAAACUAACCCUGCGGACGUCACGGUGACGUUCUCGGGGGGGUCUCAGCCCACAACUUGAUCAACUUGUUCAGGCAUCGGCGUCACUGAGGAGCAAAUCAAACUAAGACGGAUCCCUCAUUGUCUUAAUCUCGCGGCCCUGGUCUUGUAGAUACCCGGUGUCAAAAUCUCCUCAUCUCUUAGUCUUCGUUCUCACAUUGUGCAUAUUCCUAAGUAAAGUUGUGUUUCCAAACUGAUUGGAAGUACUUGACGCCAAGACGACCUCGAGCCAGUUAGUAUUGUUACAGCACUGGACAAGCUGCCAUGUUUAAUACAACCAAUACCCCAGUUCCACUGGGAGAGAUGUAGAUUCAGUGUUUUUAGGAGUUUGGCCCAUACUGGGGACUAAAGUCAGGAAGUCUUCGUCUCUGUAGCUUCAAUUGUGACCAAUGUUUUAUAAAUCUGUGUCAUCAAGAGUCCCCCAAAUGUUCUUUAAGUGCAACACUCAAUGCACUGAUAUUCUCUGGUUAUAUUGAAGAGUGACUGUUUAUUUUGUUGAAUAAAGUUUCUUGUUGGUGUUUGCAGCUGAAGGCGACGAUGAAAAGGACGACGAUCAGUCGUCCUUCGUCGGCACCGGGUUUUCGUGUCAGUGUUACUGUGUCGGGGCCCUUAAAACUGCUCCACAGACACCGAACUCUGCAAUAAUUCACACCAACUUUUAUUUCAAAGCCAUCAAUCAUUUCAUAAUAUCAGGUGUCAAAAUCUUCAAAUCUCUCCUGUCUUGUUACCUCCUCGGCAACGCCACGAAAUAAAAGAUAAUUAUCAUAAACUUCACUGUAAAUAUCACCUUCACUCUGCUCCUCUUUUCAUUUCCCUUCAGUCCUUUCUUCACGUGAGCUUCAGUUCAGUUUUUUAUUUAUUUUGGAAACAGAAGCCAUUUCCACUCCUCUCUGAUGAAACCACACGCAGUGUUAAUCAACGUCCGUUUAAUUACAAAUAAAAGGACACAAAAACACAGUGUUUUACACUGAAGCAUAUAUAUUUUAUUAUAUCGACAUUUUCCUGGUGUGUAUAUAAAUAUAUACUGGGCCCAUAUAUCCAAUAAUGUCCUGAGAUCCUGAAGCCUUUUAAACAGGUUUAUUUGCAGUAAACUGAGACAAAAGUUUGUAUUUAUAUUCUAUAAGUCCUGUUUGUUUAUGAGCAAGAAACGUAAAUGUUUAUCGUUGUAAUGGUUUCAUUUUAAGAUGAACUCUUUUAUACAUGAUGUGAAAUCCUGAUGUUGUUAUAAUAAACUGGAGAAGCUAAUAACUUUGGCUUUGGUCUGUCUUUACCUCAUGGCUCUAAUAUCAUCUCAGUGUUAUCUGAGGGUCAGUUGAGAAUUAGUAGACGCUGUAUAGGGA